AUGUGCUUUACAUCCAGAGUUGGGGGAAAGAUCUUCGGACGCUGUGAGCUGGCCCACUUAUUGAAGGUGUCUGGCUUGGAAGGUUACCGUGGAUACAGUCUAGCUGACUGGGUCUGCUUGGCCUUCUAUGAGAGCCACUUUGACACGGCAAUUGUGGACCACGAAGCUGACGGCAGCACCAGCAAUGGCAUCUUCCAGAUCAACAGCCACCUUUGGUGUGAAGACUACAAACAGUUUCAGCCGAACUUCUGUAAAAUGCACUGCAGCGAUCUGCUGACCAGUGACAUCAAGGAUGACAUCGUCUGUGCUAUGAGGAUAGCACAAGGACCGAGAGGCCUAGGAGCAUGGAUGGGUUGGAGGGAAAAUUGCGAAGGCCUUGAUUUGUCUGCCUGGUUGAAAGGAUGUAUUCUGUGA